AUGGACAUUGAAAUGUACAAACCUUUCAAAUUGAUAUUUUCAAUGUUCAAAUUCGUUGGAAUAUGGCAAGAUGGGAAUCAAUCAUGGAUUUACUUCAUUUUGGGAUAUCUUGUACACAUUUUGAGUAACGAUAUUUUCAUUUCUUGUGAGAUUUUGUAUUUGGUGAAUAGUGUUGAUUUGAUGGAUUUCGUGCAUGCGUUUGUAAUUAUGGUAACUUAUUCUGCGUUAGCAUGCAAGACUAAGAAUUUCUUUUGGAAGAUUAAGAAAAUUAAUGCCUCUGUGGAAACUUUGAACGAUUUGUUGAAUAUCACUCAAAAUUAUGAUUUAUUUAGCCAUGUACUUAUAAGGAAGCAAGUAGCAUUUUCUUAUAAAAUUUAUUUAAUGCUUUGGUCAUCUGCCCUUGUCACGUGUACUGCUGGAGCAUUUGUUCCUUUCAUCAAUCACAAGUUGCCGUAUAAAGUUUGGUUUCCAUUUGAAACUGAUAUAGAAAAGAAUGAACUUGGCUUCUGGGUUGCAUCAUUUCUUGUUGUUUUCAAUUCAUUUUUCGGCAGUGCAAUUGACAUGGCAUUAGACAUUCUACCUGUAACUUUUAUGGCGUUUGAGAUUGGACUCUUGGAUGAGUGUACUGGAGUGUUCACUUUGUCAAUUACUAAAAGUAUCACCGAUUUUAUUAAAAUGACAACGUUUAUGGUGCUUGAAAUAUUCCUUCCUUGCUACAUUGGAAGAUUAAAUCAUGAUCAGUUACCUAUAUCAUAG